AUGACAUCAAACACGAUAGUAGCAGCGGCUGCCAUCGCCCCAACCCCUGCCGGGAAGUAUGAAUUCGUUGUUGGAGAUCGGCCAGACCAGCUCAAAGCCGGGUCCAGCUCAAAGCUGCGAUCGCAUCUGUCCAAACGGGGCUGGCAAGUUUACCUGCUGCAGCACAAUGGAUCUUCGUCCUCGUCCUCGUCCUCCACUCCGGUUGAUGAAGCAGCUCAGCAGCGUGAGGACAGGUCUAAGAGGAAGAAGCGCAAGCGCCUUCAGCACACCAUCACCUGGGACAUCCGAGGUCCUGACGAUGCGGAAUUCCCAGGAACGGCAAAUGCAGCAAGUAACAAUAGCGCUCUGCUCCAGUCCAUGAUCCGGGCAGGUGCUGUGGGCUUUGGAGCUGUGCAGCCGUUGGCAAUCGAAUACCAACUGGGAGGCGGCCGCGUUGAUCCCUUCAAAUCAUAUCCUACGCCAUGGCGGCCGUAUAUUCCUCAUUUGGUCGAUCAUUACAUCAUCCACAUGGCCGUCGACAUCCCCGAGCUCGACGAGCCUGGUAAAAAGGGCCUCCUCCGAAGCCGUUGGUUCCGGCUUGCCACGACAGAGAUCUCCACCUUCCAAGUCGUGUUGCUGCUCUCUGCCGGCAACUACAUCUCCGUCAAGGGCGGCAUAGCCAGCGAGGUAGGCUUCAACAUGGACCAGCUCCGCAUCGACGCCCUCAACUCCAUCAACAUGGCCAUGGACCUGCCCAACAACGCAACCGACUCCAUCAUCGGCGCCGUGGCCAAGAUGGCCAGCUUCGAGGCCAUGCACGGGGACCUGAGAUGCUUCCGGCUGCACAUGGACGCUGCGAAGCGGCUGGUGGACAUGCGAGGCGGCCUGCACAACCUGGGCCUCGGGGGGCUGUUGCGGAGAAUGCUCAUUUGGAUCGAUCUCAAUGGCGGGCACCUGCUCAAUACGGAGCGGUGGUUUCCCGGGCAGACGUUUGCUGGGAGUGAGGAUGAGGAGGUGGAACCGAAUCCAGAGCGGUUCAUUGCCAUGUAG